CACAGCUUCAACAUUCAGCUGAGGUGGGAUCCAGCAAGCCAUCAAAUGUGUGGUCCAGAACGCUGGGGGUCUGAGCUUUGGGACAAUCAUCGUGUUGACUUCCACUUGCAUCGUCGGCAACAGAAUACAAUCCUCCGUCCACUCAACAUCACAUCGCGCAUAGGGAAAUCUAUGGCUGCGUACCUUCGUCUUCACUUUACAACCAUUCUGCAACUGGCGCGCUAAACUUUACUAAAACAAUAACAGGAAGCAGCAUCAUCUGCCGCCAGAACUUAUUCCGAGCUUCGUCUAGCAUCGACAUGCUCCCGACUCCCAUACGAUGCAAUGCUAUACAGAGUUGACGCCGCCCACGGCCGUCACCCAUUCAGUAACCCUCCAGCUCGUCCCUGGUCAGGGUACUAAUCUCGCCGUCGCAAAGGCAUCAUUACUCCAAAUCUUCAAGACAAAGGUCGUUUCCGUCGAGAUCGAUGCCCCCGCUACCCUCAAUGGUACAAACCCAUCCAAGCCUACGACGGCUGGCCGCUACGAUAGCAGACUCGUAAACGACGAUGACGGCUUCGAGGCCUCGUUCUUGGGAGGAGAUAAUAUUGCCGCAAGGACCGAUCGUGCCAACAGCGCCAAGCUGGUUCUUGUCGCCGAAGUCACCCUGCCCAACACCAUAACAGGUCUCGCGCGAAUCAAGAAGCCCAGCGGCAGCUCGUCCGGUGGCGCCGACUGCUUGCUCCUCUCCUUCCGCGACGCUCGUCUCAGCCUGGUUGAGUGGAAUGUCGAACGCAACACUCUCGAGACCGUCUCGAUUCACUACUACGAACAAGAAGAGCUCGUAGGGAGCCCGUGGGUCGCGCCUCUGCAUCACUAUCCCACCCUGUUGGUCGCAGACCCCGCGAGUAGAUGCGCUGCGCUCAAGUUCAGCGAGAGGAACUUGGCCAUCUUGCCCUUCAAGCAGCCGGAUGAGGACAUGGACAUGGAUAAUUGGGAUGAAGAGCUGGACGGCCCAAGGUCCAAGAAGGACCUUUCCGGCGCCGUCGCAAAUGGAGCUAGCACUAUAGAAGACACACCAUAUUCACCGUCUUUCGUCCUUCGCCUCUCCAAACUUGAAGCUAGUCUCCUCCAUCCUGUGCACCUCGCCUUCCUGCAUGAGUAUCGAGAUCCCACCAUUGGUGUCCUGUCCUCCACCAAGACCGCCUCCAACUCGCUCGGUCACAAGGACCACUUUACAUACAUGGUCUUCACCCUAGACCUCCAGCAAAGGGCGUCCACCACCAUUUUGGCUGUCAAUGGACUGCCCCAGGAUCUCUUCCGUGUUGUCGCCCUCCCGGCACCUGUGGGUGGCGCUUUGCUUGUAGGAGCCAACGAACUCAUCCAUAUCGACCAGUCUGGCAAAUCAAACGGGAUUGCUGUCAACCCCCUCACCAAGCAGACCACCUCUUUUAGUCUUGUCGACCAAUCCGACUUGGAACUUCGUCUCGAAGGCUGCGCUAUCGACGUCUUGGCGGCAGAACUCGGGGAGUUCCUCCUGAUUCUCAACGACGGACGCCUGGGGCUCAUCACAUUCCGCAUCGACGGCCGUACGGUUUCGGGCCUGAGCAUUAAGAUGCUAGCCCCAGAAGCCGGCGGUAGUGUCAUUCAGUCGCGUGUUACUUCGCUGUCCCGGGUAGGAAGGUCUACUGUGUUCGUGGGCUCCGAGGAAGGCGAUUCCGUUUUGCUUGGUUGGACUAGGAGACAGGGCCAAACUCAGAGGAAAAAGUCGCGAAUUCAGGAUGCCGAUUUGGAUUUGGAUCUCGACGACGAAGAUCUCGAGGACGACGACGAUGACCUAUAUGGCGAGGAGUCAACAUCUCCAGAGCAAGCCAUGUCCGCCGCCAAGGCCAUCAAGAGCGGAGAUCUCAACUUCCGCAUCCACGACCGACUCCUGAGCAUUGCACCAAUACAAAAGAUGACGUAUGGCCAACCCGUCACGUUACCCGACAGCGAGGAGGAACGAAACUCGGAAGGUGUCCGCAGCGAUCUCCAACUGGUCUGUGCCGUGGGACGGGGAAAGGCCAGCGCACUCGCCAUCAUGAACCUGGCAAUACAACCAAAGAUCAUUGGAAGAUUCGAGUUCCCAGAGGCAAGAGGAUUCUGGACAGUUUGUGCCAAGAAGCCCAUCCCAAAAACUUUGGUGGGUGAUAAGGGCCCCAUGAACAAUGACUACGACACCUCUGGACAGCACCACAAGUUCAUGAUCGUAGCCAAGGUGGAUCUUGAUGGCUAUGAAACCUCUGAUGUCUAUGCCCUUACAGCAGCUGGCUUUGAGAGCCUUACCGGAACCGAAUUCGAGCCGGCUGCUGGCUUGACUGUUGAGGCAGGGACCAUGGGGAAGGACUCCAGAAUCCUUCAAGUCCUCAAGUCAGAAGUGCGAUGCUAUGACGGAGACCUGGGGCUGAGCCAGAUCGUGCCCAUGCUUGACGAAGAAACGGGAGCGGAGCCGCGGGUUCGGACUGCCAGCAUUGCUGACCCGUUCCUUCUUCUUAUCCGGGACGACUUCAGCGUAUUCAUUGCGGAAAUGAGUCCAAAGCUUUUGGAACUUGAAGAAGUCGACAAAGAAGAUCAGAUUUUGACAAGCACAAAGUGGCUGACGGGAUGCUUGUAUACCGACACCAACGGCGUAUUUGCCGAUGAGACCGCGGGCAAGGGAACAAAAGAUAGUAUUCUUAUGUUCCUGCUAAGUACAAGCGGUGUUCUAUAUAUUUACCGUCUACCUGACUUGACGAAACCAGUUUAUGUGGCAGAAGGGCUUUCUUAUAUACCACCAGGACUUUCUGCCGACUAUGCUGCCAGGAAAGGCACAGCUAAGGAGUCCGUUGCCGAGAUCUUGGUCGCUGAUUUGGGUGACACGACUCACAAAUCACCAUAUCUUAUCCUUCGCCAUGCUAAUGAUGAUCUAACAUUAUACCAACCCUACCGGCUCAAGUCUACUGCUGGACAGCCGUUCUCAAAAUCGCUCUUCUUCCAAAAAGUACCCAACUCAACCUUUGCCAAGGCGCCUGAGGAGAAGCCGGUGGACGAUGACGAGCCUCACAAUGCACAACGAUUCCUUCCUAUGCGGCGCUGCAGCAACAUCUCUGGCUACAGCACCGUCUUCCUUCCUGGGUCGUCGCCCAGCUUCAUUCUCAAAACAGCCAAGUCCAGUCCCAGGGUGCUUAGCCUACAGGGAUCCGGUGUCCAAGCCAUGAGCUCCUUCCAUACCGAAGGUUGCGAACAUGGCUUUAUCUACGCUGACACCAACGGUAUCGCGCGGGUGACACAAAUUCCUACAGACACUAGCUACGCUGAACUCGGUCUCUCCGUCAAGAAGAUCCCCGUGGGAGUUGACACGCAGUCGGUGGCCUACCACCCGCCUACACAGGCGUACGUGGUGGGCUGCAACAACGUCGAACCGUUUGAGCUGCCCAAGGACGACGACUACCACAAGGAAUGGGCGCGCGAAAACAUCACGUUCAAGCCCAUGGUUGACCGCGGCAUGCUCAAACUCCUUAGUGGCAUCACUUGGACCGUCAUCGACACCGUCGAGAUGGAGCCGUGCGAAACUGUCCUCUGCGUCGAAACACUCAACCUUGAAGUGUCCGAGUCGACCAACGAGCGCAAACAGCUCAUCGCUGUCGGCACCGCUCUUACCAAGGGCGAAGAUCUUCCGACCAGAGGCCGCGUCUACGUCUUCGACAUUGCCGACGUCAUCCCCGAGCCUGGCAAGCCCGAGACCAGCAAGAAGCUGAAGCUGGUCGCUAAGGAGGAUAUCCCGCGCGGCGCGGUCACAGCGCUCUCCGAGGUGGGCACCCAGGGUCUGAUGCUCGUCGCCCAAGGCCAGAAAUGCAUGGUGCGCGGUCUUAAGGAAGACGGGACGCUCUUGCCCGUGGCGUUUAUGGAUAUGAACUGUUACGUCACGAGUGUCAAGGAGCUGCCCGGCACGGGACUCUGUCUGAUGGCCGACGCCUUCAAGGGCGUGUGGUUCACGGGCUACACGGAAGAGCCUUACAAGAUGAUGCUGUUCGGCAAGAGCUCGACCAGGAUGGAGGUGUUGAAUGCGGAUUUCUUGCCUGAUGGGAAGGAGCUGUACAUUGUGGCUAGCGAUGCAGAUGGUCACAUUCACAUUCUGCAAUUUGAUCCCGAGCAUCCCAAAUCCCUCCAAGGCCAUCUCCUCCUGCACCGCACAACCUUCAACACCGGCGCCCACCACCCCACCUCCUCCCUCCUCCUCCCCGCCGUCUACCCUACACCCCACUCUUCCUCGUCCUCCAACACAGAAGAAAACCCCCCACACAUCCUCCUCCUCGCCUCCCCCACCGGCGUUCUCGCCACCCUCCGCCCCCUCCAAGAAAACGCCUACCGCCGCCUCUCCUCUCUAGCAGUCCAACUAACCAACGCCCUCCCCCACCCUGCGGGCCUCAACCCCAAGGGCUACCGCCUCCCCUCGCCCUCGGCCUCGGCCAGCAUGCAGCUGCCGGGCGUGGACGCAGGUAUCGGACGUAACAUUGUCGAUGGGAAAAUCCUGGAGCGGUUCAUGGAGCUGGGAACGGGUAAACGGCAAGAGAUUGCGGGACGGGCGGGGUACGUGGUUGGCACCGGUGCACAUGGGGUCAAUCCGGCGGGGAGUGGGAAGAUGAUGUUGGGAGGCAAUGGUGGGUUGAGUUUGGCGGGUCUGAGGUUGAAUGGGUUGCAUGGGCAGGAGGGAGGGAUGGAGUGGGAGGAGGUUAGAGGGGAGUUGGGAGGGGUGCUUGGGUGGAGCGGGUUGGGGUAUUUUUGAGUAGGU